UGCCUUUUUAUAUUUGACCCGGCCUUCGUACCAGACGCCCUUCUUUGUUUGACUCGCCAACCGCAGUCGGACAAACCCCUUCGUCUUUCAUCCGUGGAAGGGAAGGAGUCCUCCCCAUUCGGAGAUCACAAUAUCAUCAUCAACUGUAUCAUUACGUUUCUUGCUCCGGGCUCCUCCGUUCGGCGACAGGGAGAUGGAUUCGGGGGUCCAGUGGCGGGGGCGGGGGCGGAGGAGGCUCCUCGCGGUGGCCGUCUUCGUGCUCUGCCUGGUGGCCUCCGCCCACUGCUUGGACGCUGAGAGGGCGGUGGGGAGGAGGAAGAAGAAGGCGAAGCACGAAAUCAAAGGGCCGAUCAAGACCCUGGUGGUGCUGGUGAUGGAGAACCGGUCGUUUGACCACAUGCUGGGGUGGCUCCGGAGCAAGGGCGGCCGCACGGACAUCGACGGCCUCACCGGUCGCGAGUCCAACCACGUCAAGGCGUCUGACCCCUCCUCCCCUGAGGUCUUUGUCUCCGACGGCGCCGCCUACGUCGACUACGACCCCGGCCACUCCUUCCAGGCUAUCCGCGAGCAGAUAUUCGGCUCCGAUGACACCUCUGCGGUUCCCGCCCCCAUGAGCGGCUUUGCCCAGCAGGCCGAGAGCAUGGGUGAGGGCGUGGCCGGCACCGUCAUGCGGGGUUUCGCCCCCGAGGCUGUCCCCGUCUACUCCGCUCUCGCGGAGGAGUUCGCGGUGUUCGAUAGGUGGUUCGCCUCCGUCCCGGCCUCCACCCAGCCCAAUCGCUUCUACGUCCACUCCGCCACCUCCCACGGCGCCACCAGCAACGUGCGCAGGGACCUCAUCCACGGCUUCCCCCAGAAGACCAUAUUCGAUUCCCUCGAUGAGGAUGGUCUCAGUUUCGGCGUCUACUACCAGAACAUCCCCGCCGUGCUCUUCUUCAAGAGCCUGCGGAAGCUGAAGCACCUCGUCAAGUUCCACAGCUACAAGCUCGCCUUCAAGCUGCACGCCAAGCAGGGCCGGCUGCCUAACUACGUGGUCAUCGAACAACACUACUUCGACGUGAAGCUCUCCCCGGCCAACGACGAUCACCCAUCCCACGACGUCGCCAGGGGUCAGAGGCUCGUGAAGGAGAUCUACGAGACGCUCCGGGCGAGCCCGCAGUGGAACGAGACGGCCUUGCUUAUCACCUAUGACGAGCAUGGCGGGUUCUACGACCAUGUGCCUACACCUGUCACUGGGGUGCCCAACCCGGACGGCAUCAUCGGCCCCGACCCUUUCUAUUUCAAGUUCGAUAGGUUGGGUGUUCGGGUUCCCACCAUCCUUAUCUCCCCUUGGAUUGAGAAGCGCACCGUGAUCCAUGAGCCUAAAGGGCCAACUCCAAAUUCACAAUUUGAGCACUCUUCCGUUCCAGCAACUGUAAAGAGAUUGUUCAACCUGAAUUCUAAUUAUCUCACAAAGAGAGAUGCUUGGGCUGGGACAUUUGAGAGCUACUUUUCCCUCAGGAAGACGCCAAGAACUGAUUGUCCAGAGAAACUCCCAGAAGUGAAGCCGCUGAGGCCAUUUGGACCGAGGGAAGAUAAAGUGCUCUCCGAGUUUCAGGUGGAACUGAUCCAACUUGCUUCUCAGCUCAAUGGAGACCAUGUGCUGAAUACCUACCCGGACAUUGGCAAGGGCAUGACCGUCGGCCAAGCCAACAAGUAUGCUGAGGAUGCAGUCGCGAGGCUUCUGGAAGCUGGCAGGGCCGCGCUGAGGGCUGGAGCGAAUGAAUCAGCCAUUAUCACGAUGAGACCUGCUUUAACUAGCCGACCUAGUGGAUGGUCUUCUGGUGCUUCCGUCCAAAGCAUUUGAUUUUAGAUAAAUUACUUGACUACAACAAGGCUUUGUAUAUGGUCAUACUUCCUCAUCUGAUGACUUAUUUGGUAUUCAUAGGAUACAGUGUAUGCUUAAACUGAUGGGAUGAAACACUCGUGCUCAAAUUCUAGUAUGCUCUACUCGAAAUUGUAGUAUGAUUACCCAUGUAACUAUUUGAUGGCCAUGCAGCUGGUGGCAGAUAUAUAUGUAUAUUUUAUACAA